UUAUAAUAUUUAUUAACAACCACCCAUCUAAUUCUUACAUCCUUCUGAUAUCCUUUAAAUUUCCCGCAAUUUGCCACACGAGGCGGGGCUAAAGCCAACUUCAUGUUGGAUACAUAACCUUAUGGGUGAGAGGGGUGGUGGGACGGGGCAACUAGCGGUCCAUGAUUAUAUAGUCAAAGGGUUCGGGUCGAGGAAAAAAAAACAGCCAAUUUGGAGCAAUCGAUCAAAUUCCAUUGAAUCGGCGAUUAAAUUAAUCGUAAUUCGAGCGUUUAAACGCAACAUUAAAUUAAUUAAUUGUGGAUAUAUUAAUGGUAAUAUCGGAGUUAUGGAUGUGGAUCUGCUCAGACCGGGCACCGUGCCGAUCUCACCGGAUACGAUACUCUGGUUCGAGUUUUUACUGAAUCCCUCAUUGCUGCAGAAGCACCUGUCAAAACCUUUCCCGGAUCCGUCGCCUACAGACCUGAUAAUAAAAUUUAUGACGAUUAAUUCCGACCAAAAAGAGACUGAGCCAAAAGCAAUUGAUGCAGAAUUGAACGACGUAAAGCCUAACGGCAUAAACAAGUGGUCUCACAGAAAUUUAGCAUUAAAGAUACUUUCUCUGAAAGUAGCGGCUUAUCUCAAAUGGGACUUGGAUGUGCUGGAGAAGAAGUUACCUUUGCCGAUACAGCUGACAUUACUGCAAGAUCUAUUUUAUAUCACUGGGGACGUCGUGAUAGAAAUUCCUACAAUUCCAGAAUUCAUUAUGGAAACCACUUCUGACCAGCUCCUGUUUACAUUGGUUUUGUAUUACAGAUGGCAUCUAAGAGCAAUCAUUUGCAGGGCUCUCAGCAAUAAACAACCGAAGCAACAGUUACUUCACAUACCAGGUACUCAGGAAUCGACAUAUGUACCUCCUGGUAUAGUAGAUGAUAUUAUUAGGAAAUUAGAAGCGCACAUACCAAGCAGUGUAAGUGCCCUGAACAGUAUUUUACAAAUGACCGAUAUCAAACCAAAGGUUCUAUCCUUUGAUACUUUUCAAAUGCUGACUGAGGACAGUACAGAGAUUAAGCAAAAUUGGGAAAAUAUGUGCCUGGUGAACAUAGAUCACUUUAAAUGUCAGAUACAUUAUGACCUCGCGAUGUUUCAUUUAUUGAGGGAAGAGUAUCAAGAGGCCAAACGCCAUAUUAAACAAGCGAAGGAGUUGUACAGUAAUUUUCAUCCGGCGGAAAAAUUAACGUACUGCAAGGUGCAGAAAGAGUACUUGGACGGCUGUUGUUUAGCGUGCGAAGUGCCGCUAGACGAAAUCACGCCUAGUCUUACGCAGCGUUUGCACGCCUCUAUCAAGGAUCAAUACACUAAUAUAUUGCAGAUUUUGCAAGCAGAUAAUGUUUUCAGGGAGAUACCGCAGGUUUAUAGAGAUAAUUUGGAGCUGGAUGUGCAAGGUGGACUGGCUAAUAGGAAAUUCGUGGUCGCCCGCGAUCUUCUCCUGCAAAUAGAGUGCUUGAAUCUGGUUAGAAAAAUCCUUGAUGACAGCAUAAUCCUGGGUGACUACAUAACUGAAAUUAAGGCAGCUGGUACGAAGGGUCUGGAUGUCCUAUUUUGGGCUUUAGAUAAUAUCUUGGAAAAGGCAACGAUUUCGGAUAAAAAACGAAUCUCGCGUUAUCUUCUUUAUCUUAUAAACACUGCUAAUAUAGAAGGGCUCGCUUCAAAGUUAUUCAACAAUCCUUCCUAUACGUCAUUAUUCGAUGAAGCAGAACUCACAAUUGUUCAGCAAGCAGCUGCUUCUGAUGAGAUAGAAAUACCGGACUUGUUGCUACGUAACGACUGGGGUAUCCCAUCUGUACCAUUUAUACAAAACUCGAGGAUCGAAGUGUUUCAAUUGGAACAAAAGUUGAUAGAGUCAUAUGAUUCCAAUAUAAUCCGCGAAACGUUGAUUCAUCUUGACGGGAAACAUCGAAUGAAACCGUUAUACCAUGUGAAUGGCUGUUGGGAGUUACCCAUUCCAUUGCAGAGUGUAGUGAUGACACUUCCUAGGGGCUUUAUCCAGGAUUAUUCGUACGUUUUACUCGCGAAGAGUCGAGAAUUGGUGACUGCCAAAAGCUUCGACGGCGCCAUCGAGCUUCUCAAGAUAUUGGACAAAGAACUGCAGGAGCACGUGAAGAGCGGGGGCUCGUUAAUCUUUAAGCUGUGCAAAUUAGUGAACUGGGAAUGCCUGCUUGUCGAGAUAUGGAAGUGUUUCCAGGCCUGGCCGGCGACAAACGUCUGUGAUGUUCAAAGUAUGAUUGUACGGAGUAAACAGUGCCUUGGAGCAUUACAAGGGUCCGAUCAGCUGAUUCCGCGACAGGAAGUGAUAGAGUACUGUACGGUCUUCCUUCUGAACAUGGCUGAGUGGGAGUAUCUUACUGGUUUGGAGAAGCGCUGGAAUUACACCGAAUUCGCAGCUGCCAUUAGUAGCGUUUGCCAGGACAUUGUCAAGUACAAAGGAACCCGCAAAUUCCCGCGGGACGCAUGGGACAUGAUUUUAGCAGCGUUUGGCCCCACUAGGGAUCAGUCACAAAAGCGGAGCAGUAGCGGCAGUAACAGCGGAAGUUCCAGUACGUCAAGAGACGUUGCCGCUAGUAUUGCCCUUACACUUACCCGACUACGGGAACCCAUGGUUCUCACUGUGGUGAUAUCAUUAUUAGCUCGUUUGCGCAACAUCUUGCGCGAUGAGUCUAGUCUGGAAUUACACACGCAGUAUCUAUCCCUUUGGCCUGCUGGAGUACCAAAUGCAAAUUCAUAUAACAUCAGACAUAUUGGAGAACUAUUGUUCCAAUUGCUGACGCAAGCUCUAAAAUAUUAUCCCUGCAAUGUGCCUUGGUUGAGGCUAAUGGGUGAUCUUAAUUUUGUUCUAAAUUAUUACGAAAGUGCAAUGAGAUAUUAUUUGGAGGCAAUCAUGAUAGCCAGCGAUUUGUUCAGUCAACCCAUUCCACGCACGCAGAUAGACGAUCUUGUUUACAGAAGGAUGAUCAAGUGUUGCGCUCAUUUGCAGUGCUACACUCAGGCGGCUGUGCUGUGUCAGUUUUUGGAGGAAAUUGAUUAUUCUCUGGCAUUCAAAAUGGCAGCCAGCGAUCAAAAGAGCUGUGCCGCGGCUGAUGCUAUGGACGCGUAUUAUCAUUGUAUUUGGGAUACAACGCUGCUAGAGUAUCUUAUACAGUUGCACACGAAGCGCGGAGAGCAUCACAGAAAGCAACUCGCGAUCAAGGUAAUCGGUUUGCUGGAAUUAAACUCUAACAACAACGAAGAGAUCCAAAGAGAAGCGGCUAAUAUUCGUAAAGCUAAAUUCUUGAGAGCGCUGGCGAAACAGUACGUCUAUUAAAAGGAUUGCUUGAAAGAAUUUUUUUUAAAGGGUAUACAUUACAAUACUGGAUAUAUUAUACUGCAAUACGUACAUCCGUACGCAUUGCGUAUUUUUUACGUGUAAAUGUACUGUGCUGUGUAUAAGACGAUGUGUAAAAUAAAUAUAUGUUGGAUUGAUAUAAAUCA